UGCUAUAUUCACAUUCUUAAUAUUUUUACAAUGUACGUUUGUUAAACCUUCGGUUAACAUUCUUCUUUAAAUAAAGUGAAAUAACUAAAGUGGGACUGAGAAGUAACAAAGGGACACACAACUAUCAUAAAAAUAGUCCGUAUUUGAUUCAUGCGCUAUACCAAGUCUUAAUCUUUUGUGCAAUAAUUGUAAGAAGAAUAUUCAAAUGAAAGAUACAGGUACUAAUUCAGGUUAUUUGUUGCCACAUACUGUACAUAACACCUCAGAAAGAUGGAAGAACGCGGAAAAGUGUCCUGAUGGAGUGUUCGAUGAUCGCUUGGUAAUGUCUGGCAGUAUGGCGAACCUUACGGACGCGACAUCACUGCAGCAGUUCGAGGAAUUAUUAAAAAAUAACAGCAAGUCCCUCACCGUUGUCCAUUUCCAUGCAGCAUGGGCUCCGCAGUGUUCACAGAUGAACGAUGUGAUGGCAGAAUUAGCCAAAGAGCACAAACACACCAUGUUUGUGAAGCUGGAGGCAGAGGCAGUCCCGGAGGUUUCUGAGAAGUAUGAGAUCACUUCAGCUCCCACCUUCCUCUUCUUCAAGGGUGGUGAGAAGAUUGACAGGUUGGAUGGUGCGCAUGCCCCUGAGCUGACCAAUAAGGCCCGAGUCCCGUCGGAUUUGCAUUUUUGUUUAUUUGUUGCAGGUUUUAGUCGUCAGACUGUUCAGAUUUUGAAGGACCACAAUGUACACUACAGCAGUUUUGACAUCCUCUCAGAUGAAGAGGUCAGACAGGGACUCAAGACCUACUCCAACUGGCCCACUUAUCCGCAAGUGUACGUCGACGGAGAACUCAUCGGAGGACUGGACAUCGUAAAGGAGCUGGUCGAGUCUGGUGAACUCGAGAAUACUUUCCCCAAGACCGUCUCACUGGAAAGCAGGCUGAAAUCUCUAAUCAAUAAAUCACCCGUCAUGCUCUUCAUGAAAGGCAAUAAAGAGGCUGCCAAAUGUGGAUUCAGCCGUCAGAUACUUGAAAUAAUGAACAGCGCGAGAGUUGAAUACAAUACGUUUGACAUAUUAGAAGACGAAGAGGUUAGACAAGGACUCAAGACAUACUCCAACUGGCCGACGUACCCACAGCUGUACGUUAAAGGGGAACUGAUCGGAGGACUGGACAUAGUCAAGGAGCUGAAGGAGAAUGGUGAGCUGGCAUCUGUGUUGAAAGGAGAAAACUAAACUACUCCAGCACUGAAGAACAUGUGGAUCACAUUGCUGAUAUGCAUGUAACCUGCACAGUUAACCUCAGAGGAAUGGAGGACUCGAAUUAGACUUAAAUCCAAGUUAGCAUUUUAUUAGGAAAUUACUAAUUUUCAAAUUCAAUGUUGAUCCUAUGAUGUAAAUCGAAUAAAGCUAAAUGUGUUCUAAUCUGAUUUUGUUGCACUGACAUAUUUUAGAUCUUGUUCAUGCCUGGUAUUGACAUCCGUCUCUGGUUAUCUGAUUACAAGUGGUCAACCAAGAUUUAAAAUGUACACCGGGUAUUGAUGUGUCUUAAAUAUGUCUGCUGUGACCAUAGGCGCGGGAAGUGGGGGUGAUGAGGGUGCUGCAGCACCCCCUGUUUUUUUCUGUGGGCAACUGUUUAACUGUUGGGAAUAAAAAAUA